UUUCUAUGUACAGGGCUAAACUUCUGAAUUCGCGGCCCGAUACUCCCGUUGUUGGUCGCUUUGGAGGCUGUCGGGUACAGAGUUUAAUACUCGUGCUUAGAAGAUUUUGACUGUUCUGGUGAUAAUAUAUGGCCCAUCAACUAUAAGUUUAAAACAUGUGGCAUGCCGGAGUUUGGUCCUUUGAAAUGCAAUGGUGCUAUAGUUGAAUCAAUACAAAGUGUAGAAGGUGACGGUUCCAACAAUGCACUGUGAUUGAAGGGUUCAAACCGUUUGUCGCAAUGUUAUGGAAUUACCGCGGGAAACAAUUAAUGAUCUUUCUCCUCGGGUACUCAUUGAAACAAAUUUCCAAGUGUUUUGUGGUUAGCUCUAUUUUUAGGUUGUUUUACCGUGCUGUUAAAACUAGAGUACUUUUUGUUUUUCAUUUCUGCUUUCUUUUGGAUCUGUUGUGCUUUCGUGUUCCAAGUGAGCAAUCAAUAAGCUUACAUUGUCUAAGAUAGUUGUAAUGAUAAUGAAAAAUAUCUUAAAGAUGACAUUUUUGGGACUCGAGAUGAGGCUGCAGGUUCAUUUUGUGUAGGUUGUCUUUAGAUUCAAUAAGUCACUGUGUAUAUCAUAUUUUACUAAUUCUGGAUCGAAACAAGGCCUAUUCUUUUUGGGUCUAUAGCCAUCUAUGACCAAUGUCUCAAGGUUCGGAGAAUAUUAAAGCAGGCAUAUGAUACCAUAGAUGUCCAGAUCAUUGCAUGAGAUGUUUGCUUCCAAACACCGUCGGGUAGAAUGUGAAAGCUCCCAGCUAUUCAGUGCAAUCAUAGAUAUAACCCGCAUGCAAUCACGUCCCGGGUUGAGCUUGUUAACAUGCCGAAGGUUGUCUAAAAAUUCUUUGAUAUUACUCAUUAUUUCCGAAGAACUUGAAUCCCAAUUAGAUCCAACAAGAUUAAUAGUAGUUUUAACUACGGAAGAGAUGUUUGUGAUCCCCCAUUUUCUUCCUAGGAGAUACGGGGUAAGAAGUAAAGUUCGUGCUAGGGGUGCCGAAAUUUCGAGCAGGGGAUCCUUAUUUCCAUCUUGAGAGUCUCAUAUCCCCAACAAGGUGAAAUUUUGAAUGUUGGCCUCGAAACGACUCAAUCCACAACAUGAUCUUAAAGGACAAUUUUACAAAAGAGGACAACCUGCUAUAAUCUUGUCGAGUAUGUCCUGUGGCAACUCUAUGUCCUCAAGGUACAAUCUACCCAAAGAAGGCCAAUCAACUACAGUUAAAGGAGCCAUGAUGCAUCAUCUCAACCACAAGUCUUUCAGGAAUGGAUAAUCAAAUAUCAAAUUUGGUAGCUUGUAUAUAUCUUUGGAGGGGGGGGGGGAUUUAGCAGCAAACUAAAUUCAAACACAUCAGAUUUGAGAGCAUAAACAACUCAACAAAAAGAUCUGCAGCAAAACAUUCGUAGUAGGUUAGCUUGACUUCAAAGUUCACAACAUAUGCGUUAAAAACAACAAUGAUCCUAUAGAUCCCUGCUUCAAAUUUGCAAAUCUUCUCUUUUGCUUCUUUGUUGCAUAUGAAACCGGGUAGACGACGUUGAGCCCAGUACGACUUUGUUCGGGGUAGUACCUUUAUAAGUUCAUCAAAUGAAUUGAAUUUCUUAUCUAUAUUUUAUAAGUUUUUUUGGAUGAAAGGCAAAUACAUUAAAAAUCACCCAAAUAUAUUUUAUAAGUACCGUAUAUGGUUCAUUUGUAUUUUGGUUACUUUUGCUCAUAAUUUACAUAUACUGAUUUAAUGAUUGAUUCGUAGUCAGGGAUUUAAUU